CUAAAUUACUUAAUAUUGAAAAUUUGGUUCAUUUUGGAAGUGAUGGUGCAAGUACUAUGCUCAAUCAUCAAAAUAGAGUUGCUGCACGUCUUAAAAAAUAUAAUCCUUUUAUUACUGAGAAUCACUAUAAAGCACAUCAUUUAUAUCUUGCAGGUCAAGAUGCUGCUAAAAAAAUGGUACAAAAUACUUUAGAAGAACCUGAAUUAAUGAUAUUAAAUAUUGUAUCUACUCGAUGGCUGUCAUUUUUAAAUGUUAUUCAUAAUUUUUAUCAAAAUUUGGAGUCAAUUAAAGGAGCAUUAUUAGAUGAAGCAGCAAAUAAUAUGCAGGAAGCUAUUUUAUUAGCAGAUAUUGAUCAGACUUUUGAAAUCAUAACUAUGUUUUUG